AGUGCCUUCACCAUGGACCCUUGGAGCACAGCCAUCUUACUUCUGGCUCUUACCUGUCUAUUCCUGAUCCUUGGCUCAAGGUGCGAAGAGAGACUUCCUCCAGGACCCAGACCCCUCCCAUUCGUGGGAAACCUUCUGCAGCUUGGCUCCCAAAACAUGCUGACAUCCCUCAUGGAGCUCAGUAAGAAGUAAGGCCCUGUGUACACCUUGUAUCUGGGAUCCAGGCAGGCAGUGGUCCUCGGUGGGCACCAAGCUGUGAAGGAGGCUCUUGUGGACCAUGAUGAGGACUUCAGUGACUGGAGUGAUGUCCCUUUAUAUUCCAAGUUCAACGAGGAAAAUAGCAUUGCUUUCUCCAAUAGCAACAAGUGGAAGAUCCUAAGAAAGUUUGGUGAACAAGCCCUGCAUAACAUCAGGAUGGGGAAACAGAGCCUUGAGAAGCAGAUCCUGGAAGAAGUCAGCUUCCUGAUGGUAGAGCUAAGGAAAACUGAAGGCCAGCUCUUAGACCCUACUUUAGUGCUGAGCCGUUCUCUGUGCAACACCAUCUGCUCCGUGCUCUUCAGCAGCCGCUUUGACUAUGAGGAUGAGCGUCUCGUGACCAUCGCUUGGCUCCUCAAAGACAACUUCUAGAUCAAUAAUAGCCACUGGGGCAAGAUGUACAACCUAUUUCCAAGGCUCCUAGACUGGCUACCUGGGCCACACCAACGUCUCUUCCAUAACCUGAAGUGCCUGAAGCACCUCAUCACCCACCGCAUUUGUGAACACCAGGCCUCCUUUGACCCAAGCUCUCCCCAGGACUUCGUCGACUGCUUCCUUGCCAAGAUGGCACAGGAGCAUGAGGAUCCGCUGAUCCACUUCAACUUGGAGACCUUGGAGAUCACCACGCACAAUCUUCUGUUUUCUGGCCUGGAACCCUUGGGCUUCACACUGCUCUACUCCUUCCUCACUCUGUUAAAGUACCCGAAAGUGCAAGCCCGCGUGCAGGAGGAGACUGACUGUGCGGUGGGGCGCGAGCGGCUGCCAGCACCGGAGGACCGCAAGGCCAUGCCUUACAUGGAUGCUGUGAUCCAUGAGGUACAGCGCUUCGCAGACAUAAUUCCGAUGAACUACCCACACCGAAUCUCCAGGGACACAGUAUUCCGUGGCUUCCUGUUGCCCAAGGGCAUGGAUGUUAUCACCCUCCUCAACACUGUCCACCAGGACCCCAGUCAGUUCAUGACGCCCCAGGAGUUCAACCCUGAGCACUUUCUGGAUGCCAAUCAGUCCUUCAAGAAGAGCCCUGCCUUCAUGCCCUUCUCUGCUGGUAAUCGGAUGUGCCUGGGCAAGUCACUGGCAAGCAUGGCUCUCUUCCUCUACCUCAAGACCAUCCUGCAGAGCUUCUCACUGCAGCCACUGGGGGCACCUGAGGACAUCGACCUGACCCCAAUUGGCCCUGGUCCCAACAAGAUACCACGGCCCAUCCAGAUGCGCCUGUGCAAGCGCUGA